UAUGUAGUGCAAUCGCCUCGUUCCUACCUACAUUUCACCUGCAACUUGUUAGAAUAGUAUUAAAAAAUAUAUAUAUACAUUAUAUUAUAUUAAGUUUAUACGCAAUAGCAUUGCCAUGUAGGUCACAUAUUCUAACGAAUAAUAAAAUAUGUAUGGUUCAGCCAUGCCGGGAAACGGAUUAUUGGAAACUUCUCCCAACUAUGUUAUCAACAAAGCUGUUGCGGCUAGAUUUCAACAGCUGCCCCAACCAAAGGAUAAGGUGCAAGUCAUGUACGUAUGGAUUGACGGAACUGGACAAGAUCUUAGAGCCAAGUCUAGAACACUAGACUUUAUUCCUACAAAACCCGAAG